AUGGAGCUGGAGGUGCCGGACGAGGCGGAGAGUGCCGAGGGCGGGACCGUGACCUCGGAGGCGACCUGGUCCUCGGAGAGCUGCGCCGGUGCAGGUUUGGCCCAGAAAAAGACGGCCCUGGCAGAGGCCCCAUCUAUGAGUGGACAGCCGGGCCCUGGUCACGGGAGGAAGCUGGGCCAUCGGGGUGUGGACGCAUCUGGUGAAACCACGUACAAAAAGACCACGUCUUCCACUCUGAAGGGGGCCAUCCAGCUGGGCAUUGGCUACACCGUAGGCAACCUGAGCUCCAAGCCAGAGCGAGACGUGCUCAUGCAGGACUUCUACGUCGUGGAGAGCAUCUUCUUCCCCAGCGAAGGCAGCAACCUUACUCCCGCCCACCACUUCCAGGACUUCAGGUUCAAGACCUAUGCACCUGUCGCCUUCCGCUACUUCCGGGAGCUCUUCGGCAUCCGGCCAGAUGAUUACUUGUACUCGCUGUGCAACGAGCCUCUGAUCGAGCUGUCCAACCCCGGCGCCAGCGGCUCCCUCUUCUACGUCACCAGCGACGACGAGUUCAUCAUUAAGACGGUGAUGCACAAAGAGGCGGAGUUCCUGCAGAAGCUGCUGCCCGGCUACUACAUGAACCUCAACCAGAAUCCGCGGACGCUCCUGCCCAAGUUCUAUGGGCUGUACUGCGUGCAGUCCGGGGGCAAGAACAUCCGUGUGGUGGUCAUGAACAACAUCCUGCCGCGCAUGGUCAAGAUGCACCUCAAGUUUGAUCUCAAGGGCUCCACAUACAAGCGGCGGGCCAGCAAGAAGGAGCGGGAGAAGAGCAUCCCCACCUACAAGGACCUGGACUUCAUCCAGGACAUGCCCGAGGGGCUCCUGCUGGACGCCGACACCUUCUCUGCGCUCGUCAAGACGUUGCAGCGGGACUGCCUGGUGCUGGAGAGCUUCAAGAUCAUGGACUACAGCCUGCUCCUGGGUGUGCACAACAUCGACCAGCAGGAGCGGGAGUGGCAGGCCGAGGGUGCGCAGAGCACGACGGACGAGAAGCGGCCGCUCGGUCAGAAGGCACUCUACUCCACGGCCAUGGAGUCCAUCCAGGGCGGGGCCGCGUGUGGGGAGGCCAUCGAGACGGAUGACACGAUGGGGGGGAUCCCCGCCGUGAAUGGCCGAGGGGAGCGUCUGCUGCUGCACAUCGGGAUCAUCGACAUCCUGCAGUCCUACAGGUUCAUCAAGAAGCUGGAACACACCUGGAAGGCACUUGUCCACGAUGGGGACACUGUCUCUGUCCACCGGCCCAGCUUCUACGCCGAGCGCUUCUUCAAGUUCAUGAGCAACACCGUCUUUCGGAAGAACUCCUCCCUGAAGUCGUCACCAUCCAAGAAGGGCCGUGGUGCCUUGUUGGCGGUCAAACCCCUGGGACCCACCGCUGCCUUCUCAGCCAGCCAGAUCCCCUGCGAGCGGGAGGAUGCGCAGUACGACCUGCGGGGGGCCCGCAGCUACCCCACGCUGGAGGACGAAGGCCGGCCUGACCUCCUGCCCUGCACGCCGCCUUCCUUUGAGGAGGCCACCACCGCUUCCAUCGCCACAACCCUGUCCUCCACGUCCCUGUCCAUCCCAGAGCGGUCCCCCUCAGAGACCUCAGAGCAGCCGAGGUACAGGCGGCGCACACAGUCCUCCGGACCGGACAGCCGGCCCCAGGAGGAGGCAGGCGCAGAGGAGGACCUGCAGCAGAUCACGGUGCAGGUGGAGCCCGCGUGCAAUGUGGAGAUAGUGGUCCCUAAGGAAGAGGAAGAGGGGGUGGAGGCUUCCCCGGCCUGUACCUCUGCCAUCGUGGUGGAAGCCGAAACCGCCAGCCAGGCCUCAGAGCCCGCCAGCCAGGCCUCGGAUGAGGAGGACACGCCCGCCACCGACAUCUACUUUCCCACCGAUGAGAGGAGCUGGGUGUACUCCCCGCUCCACUAUAGCGCACAGGUCCACUCAGCCUCCGACGGCGAGAGCGACACAUAA